AGCGGCCGCACAGGCGCACUGAGCUCCCAACUGCCAUUUUGUGGCAGAGGCUACUCUGCUAAAGCGGGAGAAGGAUUAAAACAAACUGCGAAGAAGCCUGCAUUUCUCGCCAGCCUGUUAAACUUUGUAGCGCAGACUCUCUGCUUUCUGACGAGUUAAACAGGAAGAGAAACACACAAAAAAGAGGUUUACAGUCAGGUAGCAGCCUGAGGCCUCAGGUUGGCAGGGACAGUCAGGUAGCCGACAUUUGAUUCAGCAAAGCUCAGGGCUUUCAGCAGGAAAGCAAAAGGGAGAUCACCUGUAUCACAACCCUGCAGGCUGCAGCCCAGUGGACAGAAAUCAUGAAAACAGUCAAUUUAUCGUUGUUAUUCCAGUUCCUACCAAGAAUGGACGGAGGGCCAACAGAGGGUGUAGGUGUGGUGGAGGUCCCCGGCAAAGACUUCCCCUCCAUCCAGGCCGUUCACAGCCAGGAUGCCAUGGUGGCUGACCUCCUCCAGCAAGCUGCAGAGGCCGGGGGCGUGGUAGAGGGACAAGCGGGAGUCAUGCUGGAACAAGGUCACGGGGACGGAAUGGUAACAGCCACCCAGGCCCAGCAGCAGCUGAUGGAAGCUGGGGUGGGGGUUGGUGUGGAUGGUGGAGCAGGGGUUGAAAUGAUGGUUAUGGACUCACUGGAUCCCACCCUGUUGCAGAUGAAGACUGAGGUGAUCGAUGCUGCAGUGGGGGGAGCAACAACUGUGGGUGUUGUUGGUGGGGUAGCAGGUGGCGCUCACCAAGCUACUGUAACAACAGUGGACCAGACUCAAAUCAUCACACUACAGGUGGUAAACAUGGAGGAGCAGGCAGCUCUGGGUCUGGGGGAGCUGCAGCUGGUCCAGGUGCCUGUUUCUGCCACCACUGUGGAGGCCCUGCAGCAAGGCACCUUUGUAGACACCACUGCUAUGCCAAAGGACGGAGACCCGGUCAUCUGCCACACCCUGCCGCUGCCGGAGGGCUUUCAGGUAGUUAAGGUUGGCGCUAAUGGGGAGGUGGAGACAGUAGAGCAGGAGGAGGGAGGAGAAGCCCACCCUGAAGAGGAGGAAGAUGAGGAGGUGGGGACCCAGCUGAUGGAAGAAGGGGAGGAUGAACCCAUUCAUCCUACGAAUGACGACUCAAACUGGGCUAAAGACCCGGACUAUCAGCCACCAAGUGGAACUAUCAAGAAGACCAAGAAGGGUAAAAAGAGUCGCCUGCGUUAUGCUGAAGGAGAUAAGGACAUGGAUGUCAGUGUCUAUGACUUUGAAGAGGAACAACAGGAGGGCCUUCUGUCUGAGGUCAAUGCUGAGAAAGUGGUGGGCAACAUGAAACCACCCAAACCCACCAAGAUCAAGAAGAAAGGAGUGAAGAAGACGUUUCAGUGUGAGCUGUGUAGCUACACGUGCCCUCGACGCUCCAACCUGGACAGACACAUGAAGAGCCACACAGACGAGAGACCUCACAAAUGUCACCUGUGUGGAAGAGCCUUCAGGACGGUCACCCUGCUAAGAAACCAUCUCAAUACACACACUGGAACUCGUCCACACAAGUGCACAGACUGCGAUAUGGCUUUUGUGACUAGUGGAGAGUUGGUUCGUCAUCGUCGCUACAAGCACACACAUGAGAAACCCUUCAAAUGCUCCAUGUGUGACUACGCCAGUGUGGAGGUGAGCAAAUUAAAGCGUCACAUUCGUUCCCACACCGGUGAGCGUCCAUUCCAGUGCAGUCUUUGCAGCUACGCCAGCAGAGACACGUACAAGCUGAAGAGACACAUGAGGACACACUCAGGAGAGAAACCUUAUGAGUGCUACAUCUGCCAUGCCCGAUUCACCCAGAGUGGAACCAUGAAGAUGCACAUUCUGCAGAAACACACAGAGAAUGUGGCCAAAUUCCACUGUCCACACUGUGACACUGUCAUCGCACGCAAAAGUGACUUAGGUGUCCAUCUUCGUAAGCAGCACUCAUUCAUUGAGACUGGAAAGAAGUGUCGUUACUGCGAUGCUGUUUUCCACGAGCGCUAUGCUCUGAUCCAGCAUCAGAAAUCCCAUAAGAACGAGAAGAGGUUUAAAUGUGACAUGUGCGACUACUGCUGCCGCCAGGAGCGCCACAUGGUCAUGCAUCGUCGAACCCACACGGGAGAGAAACCGUAUGCCUGCAGUCAGUGUGAGAAGACCUUCAGACAGAAGCAGCUGCUGGACAUGCACUUCAAACGCUACCACGACCCCAACUUUGUCCCCACCGCCUUCGUCUGCCCCAAGUGUAGCAAGACCUUCACUCGCAGGAACACCAUGGCUCGCCACGCUGAGAACUGCAAUGGUGAAGUGGAGGAUGCUGAGAACGGAGCUCCAACCCCAAAGAAAGGAAAGAGAGGAAGAAAGAGGAAGAUGAGGAGCAGGAGAGAUGAGGAUGACAGCGAGGAGGACCACGCCGAACUGGACGAGGAGGAGGACGACGACGGUGAGGGUGAAGGUGAGGAAGAAUCAUCGCUCCUACAGGAAGAGGAGGAGCCAGAAAACAUGGAACUGGACCAGGCGCCUGCCGCCAUCCCAAUACCAGCUCCCGAUGAGCCACCGGUCAAGAGGAAACGAGGCCGACCCCCAAAGAACGCCCCCAAGACUCCAACACCCAGCAAAUCAGUCAGGGUGGCUGCCAAGGCGGCUGCUUCUGCUGCUGCCAUCAUCCAGGUGGAGGAUGAGAGCACCGGAGCAGUGGAGAACAUCAUAGUGAAGAAGGAGGAUAGUGACGUCUCUGCGGUGACGCCUCUGGAUCAGGGCAUGGCCCUGACCGUGGAGGGGGUGGGUCUGGACGGGGAAGGGGUGGAGACUGUUGAGCUGGCUGUGAACGAGGAAACAGCGGCUGCCGCCGCCAACGGAGACCUGACGCCAGAGAUGAUCCUCAGCAUGAUGGACCGGUGAACUCAACACAGCCACACAUGUAGUCGGACUAUGAGUACAAUUGGCAAACACACAUUAACAUUUCCACAUCCUUGGCCUUCACCUCGUGUACCAUCUGUGUGAGCUUGUAAUGACAUGCAAUGCCAUUUUGCCUCCAUUGAAGUGGCUGCAAAGAAAAAAAUGGUGGCAGCAAAAACGACAUGCACAAAGAAGGGAAGCCGCAUGUAAAUACUUAACACAGUAGCUUCACAUCCAUGUACAUCAACUGCAUUCUGAUGUUUGUGGGUCUCUCUCACAUACACACACACACACACACACACACACACACACACAUA